CCAGAACGUGUGUGCACGAACAUGCAGCCACGAGUGCACAAGUUGUGGUUGAGGGGGGCGGAGCGAGGCCCUGAGCGGGGGAGAUUCCCGGCUGCUGCGCCAGGCUGGCCAGGGGAGAGGCCGGCUGGCCUGUGCGGGGCCGGGCAGGAGAUGGCCGGGCAGCGCCCGUAGUAGCUCCCUAUCCUCUAUCAGCGAGAGAGCGGAGGGAGGCGCGGGGACUACAAGUCCCGUCAGGCGGCGGGUUGGGCUGGGCUGCUCUGCGGAGCGGCCGGAGCGAGGCUGUGUGCCCGCGGCAGUGCUGGCAGGGAGGCGAGGGGAGAUGCCGGCGGCGGGGUCCGCCGAGGGUGGGGAGGGCGGCGGCGGCGGCGGCGGGGACGCCGCGGUGCCGCUGAGCCCGGCGGAGCAGGCCGGGCCGGGCGCCCCCAAGCUGUGCGGUUACCUGCAGAAGCUGUCGGGCAAGGGCCCGCUGCGGAAUUUCCGCAGCCGCUGGUUCGUCUUCGACCCCCGCCGCUGCUACCUGUACUACUUCAAAGGCCCGCAGGAGGCGCUGCCGCUUGGCCACCUGGAUAUCGCCGCCGCCUGCUUCAGCUACCACCAGCCCGAGGCCGCCGCCGCUACCGGGGACGAGGCCGCCGCCUUUGAGGUGCACAGUCCCGGCGGCACCGUCACCGUGCUCAAGGCUGCUACCCGUCAGGACAUGACAUACUGGCUUCAAGAACUUCAACAGAAGAGAUGGGAAUAUUGUAACAACCUUGAUGUAGCGAAGAGGGACAGCAGAACUUCACCUACACCCAGUGACUUUUCCAAAGGUCUUGUUGCCAAAGACAAUAUAGAUCUGAGUACCCUGAAUCCAAAUGUCUCAGCAGAGAAAGCUAGAAAUGUCCUAGCUGUGGAGACUGCUCCCACGGAACUGGUAGGAGAACAAGCAGCUUGCCAGCCAGCACCAGUCCAACAAAGUGCCAUCAAUUUCUCCCUAAAACAAUGGGGUACUGAGAUCAAAAAUUCAAUGUCUUCCUUAAGAUCUGGAAAAGGAAACAGUGAAAAUCGUAAGAGUGUGUUUUAUACCAGCGAAGAGUGGGAGAUGUUAGAUCCAACCCCAAAGGACUUAGAGGAGUCAAUGGCACUGGAAGAAAGGCGGAAACAUGCAUCAGAAGGAAACAAAGGAAUGACUAGUUCAGCCUUUCCAUUUGAUUUUGGCCGCAUUCCAUACAAAGCAAGACGUCCAUUGAAAGAAAUGAUUGGAUCAAGCAAAAAUCGGAAUAGCAGCGACACAUCCCCAGUUGAAUGGAAUUCUGGGAAUGGCAACAAACUAGCUUCUGAAAUGCAACUGAAGUUUCAAAGCCAGCAAGAAGAGUUGGAAAGGCUAAAGAAAGAUUUGUCGAGCCAAAAGGAACUUGUGCGACUCUUGCAGCAGACAGUCCGGUCUUCCCAGUACGAUAAAUACUUUGCAAGCCGUCUUUGUGAUGGGGUUCCAAAAGACAAAUUAGAGCUGCUACACCAAAAAGAUGAUCAGAUUUUGGGUCUCAACAACCAGCUUGAAAAGCUAAAUCUGGAAAAAGAUAGUCUUCAGCAGGAAGUAAAGAAUCUGAAAUGCAAGGUUGGAGAACUCAAUGAGCAGCUGGGUAUGUUAAUGGAAACAAUUCAAGCCAAAGAUGAAGUGAUCAUGAAACUCUCUCGUCAGCUCAGUGAAUGUGAGGACAAUCCAUUCUCCCAAAGUGGAACAGCAAAUUUUUCCAUGUCAUCCUCUUUUAACAGGGAACUACAGGAGCUGGACAGACUAAAAGACAAUCUUCAGGGGUACAAAACCCAGAAUAAAUUUUUAAAUAAGGAGAUUCUGGAACUUUCUGCUCUACGAAGAAAUGCAGAAACAAGGGAGAGAGACUUGAUGGCAAAGUGUGCUAGCCUGGAAGCCAAACUUUGUCAGAUAGAAAGUAAAUACUUGAUCUUGCUUCAAGAAAUGAAGACUCCUGUUUGCUCUGAGGAACAGAGACCUACUCAUGAUGUCAUUACUCGAUUGCUCGAAGAUGCAUUAAAAGUGGACAGUAGUGAGCAACCAGAACAAGCUUUCUUUAAACCUUUCCUUGUCAGUGAACAUGAUAUUUAUGGGUUUCAGACAGUCCCAGAAGACGAUGAGGAAGAGAAAUUAGUAGCAAAGGUGCGAGCCUUAGAUCUGAAAUCCAUUACUCUCACUGAAAACCAGGAGAUUUCCACAGGGGUAAAAUGGGAAAACUAUUUUGCAAGCACAAUGAACAGGGAGAUGAUAUGCUGUCCAGAACUGAAGAAUCUUAUCCGCUCUGGAAUCCCGCAUGAACAUCGUUCCAAGAUGUGGAGGUGGUGCAUCAACCUCCACAUUAAAAAGUGCAAGGACAGUACUGAUCCUGGAUAUUUCCAAACCCUGCUUCAGAAUGCCCUUGAAAAACAGAAUCCUGCAUCCAAACAAAUAGAGCUGGAUCUCUUGCGAACUUUGCCAAACAACAAGCAUUACUCUUCCCCCACUUCUGAAGGGAUCCAGAAGCUAAGAAAUGUCCUUCUGGCAUUUUCGUGGAGAAAUCCUGAUAUAGGAUAUUGCCAAGGUCUCAACAGAUUGGUAGCAAUUGCACUUCUCUACUUGGAACAGGAAGAUGCUUUUUGGUGUCUGGUUACAAUAGUGGAAGUUUUCAUGCCUCGUGAUUAUUAUACUAAAACUCUGCUAGGCUCUCAGGUUGACCAGCGAGUGUUCAAGGAUCUGAUGAGUGAGAAACUGCCACGGUUGCAUGCUCACUUUGAACAAUACAAAGUUGACUACACACUCAUAACUUUCAACUGGUUUCUGGUAGUAUUUGUGGACAGCGUGGUCAGUGACAUCCUCUUUAAAAUAUGGGACUCUUUCCUAUAUGAGGGAUCAAAGGUCAUUUUCCGUUUUGCCCUGGCUCUUUUUAAAUACAAAGAAGAGGAGAUCUUAAAACUGCAAGAUUCAAUGUCCAUAUUCAAGUAUCUCCGAUACUUCACUCGCACCAUUCUUGAUGCUAGGAAACUGAUCAGCAUUGCUUUUGGGGAUCUGAAUCCUUUCCCGCUGCGUCAGAUCAGGAACCGGAGGACCUACCACCUGGAGAAAGUGCGCUUGGAGCUAACUGAACUUGAAGCCAUUCGUGAGGACUUCCUGCGUGAACGGGAGACCAGCCUAGACAAAAGGGACCUUAUUAGUGAUGACGAAGAAGAUAGUUGAGAGAAUUCAUUGACUUACGCUCUCUUUUUGGAAUCGUGACCAAAGCUUAUUGAAUGGGGUAACUUCAAUACACUUCUAUUUUAUUAAUCCUUUAAAACUGAAUGUUAAAUAGUAGCAUUUGGAAAUAUGCAGGACAGAUUUCCAAACCUCAGCACUUUCUUUCAAAAAUAUUGUUUUGUAUCGGAGGCCAAACAGUUCUGUUUACACCUGUGUUCAUGCAACUGUAUAGAGCACUUAAAAAUUAGUCUUUCAAUCAGUUAAACAGCUGAGCUGCCAGUUGUUCUUCUGAAGUGCCUCGUCACAGUGCCUGUAUGUGAAGAAGUGGCAUCUACCAUUUUGUCUCAUUUCUGAACUUGUAUAUUAUACUGAACGUAGUUAUAAAUUUGCAUAGCACAGCCCCACAACAUGAAAAGACAUCAUUUUUCAGUUUCAGGCAGAUGCACAAAACUGGCUUUCAUAGUAUUGUCAUGAAUAAAUCAACCAUUAUUUGUGUUACAGCUGAGAGGGUAUGGAAUGGAACACAGCAAGAGCUUUCACGUUGCUGUUUCUCUAAAGGCAGCAUGAAAAUGGGAUAGCUAAAAAGAAAGUGUGUGUGUAUAUAUAUACUUUAAAUGAGUAUUUGUUUUUUAUUUUAUCUUUCAGACUACUUUAAUUACAGUGCAAAACAUAAUGGUUGUAUUUAUUUUGAACAGCUGUUUUAUAUUAUCAGAUUCCCCUUAAUGCAGAGGGAAAUGUCCAUCAUGUUCUGCCAUUUAAUCUUUUUGUUUUUCUUCUGGCCACAACUUCUCAAAAAAAUGACAAGCAGCUGUUAAGGAGAUGGAGUUCACCACAGGAGUCCCACAAACAUGUAGCAGAUUUUCUGUUGCUUAAGUUGUAACGUUUGUUUUUCAAUAAGUCCUAUUCUUCUCUCUGUUUGGGGUCUAUACUAGGAUGAUGUUUGGAUUUUAGAAAAGCACCCAAGGGAACAACUUUUUUAAUGAAUAAAAACUAUACAUUGCAAUGUUUACAUUACAGUAUUCUUAGAAAGGAAAACAAAUUUUAGAAGUGCAUCAGAGCAAUCUAAAGGCCACAGAGCCUGUGAAGAAGUUGGUUAACAUUCUUUUUUUAUGGAAAUAAACCCUAUAACACACUUCCAAAAACAUGCUGCUGUGAAUGCUGUAUGCAUAUGUAUCCACGAGAGAGCUCAGGAAACAGACAGUGUUAUUCCCCUAGCAUUGUCUCUGGCAUUGUGACUAUGAAUAGCUUGUUGGGUACCACUGUUGUUUCACUUUGUGAUGUACGCUGUUAGAAGGUUAGGUAGAGAACCUGAUGGAUUUUUCUUGCUUUGUUCUUAUUCUGUUUAGGUUUGUUUGAUAGUCUUCUUUCCCAAGCUUUUCAAUCAUCAGAAUUCAAUCAUCUGUUUGAUCUAAACAUUACCUUUGUGAGGGCAACAUAAAAUAAGAAGUCAAACAAAAGUCAUUAAAUAUCUCUCUCUCUCUCUCUCUCAAAGGUGUUUUCCUUUCCUUGGCAAUAAAGCAGUGAGAAUUGCAGUACCAGUUUAAAGUAUCAUCAGAUUUCAAUAACCUUCCAUUCAGCCGUUAGAUGGUAUAUUUAUUUACUCUUCUAUUUCAGUCCUAUUCGUGUAAAAAAGGUUAGAAUAUUGUGGGAGGAGUGGGGUGGUAUUUCACAACUCUUUUUUUUUUCUUUUUUUUUAAUUUCUGUUGGCUUUGCUGAAACUUGAUUAAAGAUAUUUUGCUUUUCAACAAAUAUUUCCUUUAUACAGAAAUUGUCCAGUGUUAAGCCUGAACAGAAUAAGAUCAACGCAUAUCAUGUAACUUGAAAAUCUUGGUUAGAUAUAUAUUGAAAGACUUGUUUGUUUAACUAGCAAAACAUAUAAGUUCAAAUACGCAACAAGCCCUUAUGCUUAUUAGAGAAAACUGGAAUGAUCUUCAGAAUUAUUUCAGUUGUGUUUUAAAACAUUUCUAGCAUGAAUAGUACAAGCAGUAAAUUUCUUACUUGCA